AUGGGAGAUAAUGCAGAAAAUAUUUAUCCUUACGAAAUAUCCUUUAUAGAUAAUAAACAAUUAGAGCGUAAUAACAAUGAAAGAUAUAGAUUUUUUUAUCAUAAAGAUAAAAAUAUUACUAUUAAGGAUAAUUCUUAUUCUGAAAAAAUAAAGGAACUACAAAACCAAACUAAUCUAAUGCCAGAGGAGGAGGGCAGAAAGUUUGUUGAGGAUUUAGAAACUGAACUAAAUAAAAAAACUGGUAAAGAAAAUCAAGUCCAGCAAACUGUCAACCCUCACCUCAACAAAGCCAAAGAAACUGCUUUAAAACCAAGAGCCUAUUACAACGACCAACCCCCUUUUUACCGAG